GAGAGAGUAAAUAUGGAUGGAAAGAAACGUGCUAAAUUUGUCAAGCAAAUCCAUGAAAAGGUCAAAAGUAAUAUUGAGAGAAUGACUCAACAGUACAUGAACCGAGCGAACAAGGGAAGGAAACGAGUUAUCUUUGAACCGGAAGACUUAGUAUGGUUGCAUCUUAGAAAAGAGAGGUUUCCCGACAAAAGGAAGUCCAAGCUCAUGCCAAGAGGGGAUGGACCAUUCCGAGUCCUUGAAAGAAUUAAUGACAAUAAUUCCAAACUUGAUUUACCUGGUCAGUAUGGAGUAAGUGCUACUUUUAAUGUUUCUGAUCUUUCUCCUUUUUAUGAUGCAGAUAAUGAAGAGUCGAGGACGACUCCUUUUCAAGAAGAGGAGGAUGAUAGGAAUAUCGAGGGCGUCCAACAAGCAAAAGAAAUUCAAGAUCCAAUGGACCAAGAUUUAGCCAUUGGAAGUGGGCCAAUGACAAGAGAAAGGUUGAAGAGAAUGCAAGAAGUAAUUCAAGCCCAAUCCAACUUAGUCCUUGCUAAUGGGAUCAAGUCACAAUCGGAGGCCCAACAUGUCAGCUUAAUUUCAUUAAUUCAAGCCCAAGGAAGCCCACAAUAG